AUGGAGGAUGACUACCUCGAGGUCCAAGACCCGUUAUUAGAAAUAAAUGUGGGAACCGAGCCUGAACCACGACCUCUUUUUCUAAGCCAGUUUUUGAGCCCUGAAUUAGCCGCCGAGAUCAUCGGCCUGCUUCAUGAAUACAAGUAUUGUUUUGCUUGGGAUUAUCAUGAGAUGCCUGGAUUACCAAGAAGUUUGGUCGAGCACGAACUAAAAAUUAGGGAGGGGUUUAAGCCUUUCCAACAGCCGCCAAGGCGAUUCUCGACUGAAGUACAGCUUAAGGUCAAACAGGAAAUUGAACGGCUCCUUGAAGGCGGCUUCAUCCGCACGACUCGGUACGUUGAGUGGCUAGCCAACAUUGUACCGGUGUUGAGGAAGAUUGGGGCUUUGAGGGUCUGA